AGAUGCACGUGAUUUUCUUGAAGUCGAUAUCAUGCGCACGCUGUAGUCGGCGUCGAUCCGGUUAGCAGGUGAUGUUGCCGGCUCUCUGCUGUCUGCGAUUCGCCAGAAAGCCGCGCAUUCAAGUCUUCAGGCGCGGGUGACUAUCUUACUAGAGCCGUGGGGUGUUCUCUCUAGCCCACCACAGCAGGCCAACCCGCGUUUGCAUGGCCUGUACAUGGUCGCCGGGACCUGCUUGACAGUCGUCGCAAUCUUCUCAAGCACCAUCCAAGAGUAGCGACCCAGACAGCCACUGUGCUCGCUCAAAGGCGCGCACCUAGCGUCUUGCCGCUCGUGCGAUCCCACCCGACGCAGAGAGUCAGCGCAGCCCCACCAGCAACGCCGGAAAAAUUGUUCGCGCUUUGUGCUUCGUAAAUCAAGGCUCUUCCCACUUGCCCACUUGCUCCUUCGCCUCCGGCAGGGGUUCGGCGAACGCAAUGGACAAUGCAAAUACCCAAUCGUGGGCGGGCAUGGACGCUGCAGCGGACCAAGACUUCGGCAACCUGAUCGACUUCGACCACUUCAAUGACCUCGACCUGCCGGACUUCAACAACAUCGCUUUCAGCCAUGGCGGGCCGCAGAAUCGCAGCGUGGCCGACGCGCUCGACCAGCACCACCUCGACCACCAGUUCUCCCCGCAGAUUCCCCAAAAUCACGAGGACGGCGCACUCGGCGCGCAACAGACGCAGGGACAGAUGGGCGCCCACGGCAUGUCUCAGCCGAACGUGAAUGCCAACUUCUUCGACUACGGGAUGUCGCACUUCGCCCAGGUCGACACGCCCGUCUUCCCCCAGUCGCAGGACCAGGUGUUCCGCCCGCACCAAGGCGUCCCUCCCACGCCCAACAGCGUGGAAAUGCACGGCGACCCGCAUCGCUACAUGCGGCACAUGGACCAGCAGACCCUCUACGACCAGAGGUACCACGCGCGCAAGGACGAUGCCUCGUUCACCCCACUCGUCUCUCCCGCAGUCACCCCUCACGACGCACGGUUCCAGAUACCUGACUUCACCGUGCCCGGUGCCUACUUCAGCCCCCUCACGUCGCCGGCACUCAAUGCACAGGCCCACCAACAUGCACAGUCGCAGCUGCACUCCCAGGCCUCGACGUCGGCGAGCUCGACAGCGCACUCUCCCAUCGACGUCGACAUGGACAUGCUGGGCGAGCCUGCCAUGGCCCAGCCGGCAGAGCAGAGGAGGAGUCUGAGGGCGAAGAGGAACACGCCCAGAGCGACCCAUGUGAACCGCGUACGACAGUCGCCCAUAGUGAAACCUGGCAGACGGAGACCUACAGGCUCAAUGCAGCUCCCGCCAAAGGAGGUCAUCGAGCUCAUGCAAGAAGCGCGCAUCAGCGGUCUCGACGUUCCACGGAGCCGUGAUCAUUCAGAGACCGACUCCAUCUCCCCCGAGCCUAUGCUCUCUGAGAUGCGCCCACCUCCGCUUCCUGGGUCCGUCAAGAACUCCCCGGCUAUGAUGGCGCAGAACAGCAGAGGUGCCACACCCGCCACACCUGCUUCACUCAUGCGCAUCCAUCCUUCGCCGCAAUUCGAUGCUUCGAUGAGUGUACUACCCAUGCUGGACGACCUCACCCUGCCGGAGGCUUCGUUGGAACCGCGACCUUCGUUGUUAAGGAUAGACACGGCAUUCCGUGAGGAUGAGCAGGACACGCCUCGAAUGUCUGCUCGCAAGACACCAAAGAUGGGCCCACUUAGCACACCCGGCGCAGCCAUGUCGAACAGACCAAGUCCCAUGCUUGAUGCCAUGUCCACGCCCACAAGUCCGGCGUUCUCGUUGAGCUCGGGAAAGAAGCUGGAGGCCAAGGGUCGCAACCUGAAGAAGAGGGGCAGUGUCAGCUCGAGUCUGGUGAGCCCAGCAUUGAGGCCGAAGAUAUCACCGAGCAUCAGGCCUAUGCUUGCAGCUGGGGAGAAUGGCGUCACUGAUAACACACACGCCCUUCUCCUAGCAUCCAAGUCCAACUACCAGAAUAUCCUCGACGGCACAACCGUACCGGGUGUCUCGUACCCGGCGUCGCUCUCCACAAACCUCACAUCGAAGCGCACAUCGCACAAGAUCGCGGAACAGGGUCGCCGAAACCGCAUCAAUAUGGCUCUCCAGGAAAUGCAGGACCUUCUGCCACCCGGCUCGCAGAUCACUACGCCUGACGCAAAGAGCCCCGAGACUGCGGCGCAAGCGAACAACUCAAAGGCUGCAAAGGUGGAGAGUGCCAUCGAAUAUAUCAAGCAGUUGAAGGGUGAAGUGUCGAAAAAGGAUGAACUGCUACAACAGAAAGAUGCAGAGAUGGAGGCGCUGAGGAAGCAAUUGACCGAGUUGAGAAGAAGUAGUUCGGCCGGCAUAAGCUCAAGUGGGAGCUCGGCCGAGAACACCAUUGAGGCGGACAUGAAGAAGGAGUCUGCUGCUACGCCUGCCGCGCUGGACGAGACCUGAAGAGAGUGAGUGCAGGAACUCAACACCACAACAUCAUCACCGGUCACAAUCCAACAACCACCAACCCAGCGCCGGGUGCCUACACUGCUCAGAACCUACUGGCACCUGUGGAAGAAGGGUGUAUGCACUCCACCGGCAUCGAAACAUCUGCUUGUCGCACAUCGCAGGCUUCAUUCGGAAAUGCUUGGUAUCAGUCACCGAGGCCUACUGCAGGCAGGAUAGUAAUUAAUAUAUAGUCGACACGCGGAAGCUUGACCACAAGGUCGCUCGCCGCAUCGCAGCAUAUGAAUCAAUAAUUGACAACGACCACACUUGGUCUCCAAUCUCCGCAAGAAA